UGCCCCCUAAUUUCCAGAGUCUGUCCCCUCGUUGCCAAUAGCAACAGAGACGUCCAGCAAGGCGGCGUCCAGGCGCAGUUGGCAUAGAGCUUUCUCGUGAGGGCGAGAGCUGCACAGGAGCCCUACUUCCGGUUUCCUCUAGAACACCGCCAUAAGCCGGGCAAGGGCAUAGUUCCAAAGCAGGAAACCGUUCUCUCCCUCUCUUCUCUGUGGUGCGCCCCGUCUGUUCCUUCGGCCGUAGUUGUGGAGCCCGUUUGAUAGGCGCCUGAGUGUUUCUGAGGCUUUGGGAGCAGAUAAUUGCCACCAGGGAGAAUGCCUGAAUCAAAAUUUCGGGAAGUGUUGCCUAAGCAAGGUAAGCUAGCAGUGGAAGAUGUGACUGCCAUGGUGUUGUGCAAGCCGAAGUUGUUACCUCUAAAAUCAGUUACUUUAGAAAAGCUUGAGAAAAUGCAGCGUGAAGCACAAGAAACGAUUAGACAGCAGAAUCAGCGUACUUAGCAGAAUCACCACAAUAAUUCAGAAUCCAUAUUUAUGUGCAUAGAGUGCUCCUGCUGGCAAAGAUAGCGAUCAAAUGUGAUGUGAAUAGAAAUAAGCUCAGUAUUAUCAAAAUGAGUAUAUAAAUAAUUGUUAUUGCAGCUUGUGUAGCUUGUUUGUAAAUGUAUAGGACAUUAAAAUGCUUUAAUCUUUUGAUAUCAGAAAUUCAACAUUCAGAUCAAGCCAUAAAUUUUUACUAGGGUAUAGCAGCACACAUCAGACACUUAAUUUCCAAAGUAGACUUAAUUGUUCAGUAGUGAACGCCUGCAUUACCAUCUCUAUUAACAUGCACUUGUAUUGUUACUAUACUUCCUUUCAACUUAGGAAUGAAGAUGGUAGAGAUAUUGCUACAUUAGUACUUAGGGACCUCCCUAGCUAAAGCAGAGGUGGAAAGAGCUGGAUGGCAGGCUUCAUGGAGAUCUUAUGCCCUAUGAAACUAGUAACUCUUCAGGCAAGAGGGAAAGACAGGUGUGCAUAUAACCACAUGCACAUUUCAGCAGUAAUUGUAGCUAGGAAGUGCUAGCGCUGCAUCUGUGCUACAGUAACGAGGGUUUGUUGGCUAUUAAUGAACACCUGCUUUAGGGUUUGUAAGCUUCUAACCGAACACCAGUACAGAUAUAAUGAGGUCAGGGUCACAACAUCGCCUGACUCUCCCUGGUCCGAAAGAAGCCAGGCUGACUAUUACCAGAGCUAGGGCUUUCUCAGUGGUGGCCCCACACUGGUGGAAUGAGCUCCCAGAGGACAUCAGGGCCCUGCGGGACCUUUUACAGUUCCGCAGGGCCUGUAAAACGGAGCUCUUCCACCAGGCUUUUGAUUAGAAGCCGCCACUGAUGAAUGUGCCCUGGAACAUCUUCUGGCCUGGGACCCUGUUGGAUGCUAUUUCUACCAUUGGGCUGAUUUGGAAUACUGCCAUCAUCUGACCCUGUUGUAUGCUGUCUUUAUCAUUGGGUUGAUUUGGAAUACUGCCGUCAUUAGCUUGUCUUUUUUAUCUGUUAACUGAUGUUGUUUAAUUUUGUACGGUAUUUUUAACUUUUAACUCAGUAUUGUUCUAUGAUAUUUUAAUCCUGUUAACCGCCUUGAGCCAGCGUGUCCGGCAAGGCGGGAUACAAAUAGAAACAAUAA